CCCAGUUCUCCAUUUCACUCCCGUCUGUUUACUGCGCCGCCUCCACUUUGACCUUUUCCUGCCGUUUAAAAGGCAUGGGAACGCAGUAGUGUCCCCCGUCAGCACCAGCGACGACGCUUUUCGCCCCGUCGGAUCUAGCGGCCUGUAUUCCGGCUCUCCUCGUCGCUUCGCUGAAGAACGGUGAAGAGACUUCAUGUCCCAGAAAUCUUAGCGACAGUUGAGAUUAAGAAACUGCUUCCUAUCCCUGUUUCCUCCCUCCGUCCGGUUGGUUGGAUGAAUCCCAAACAGUGUCGGCUUUGUGAGCAGUGAUUGGGCACUGAGCCAGACCAGGCAGCCAACGGGGAACCAGGCUAGCCAUCAUGGCAGACGUGGACCCAGACACCCUGCUGGAGUGGCUCCAGAUGGGGCAGGGUGACGAGAGGGACAUGCAGCUGAUCGCUCUGGAGCAGCUCUGCAUGUUACUGCUCAUGUCAGACAACGUUGACCGCUGCUUCGAGACCUGUCCCCCUCGUACCUUCCUCCCAGCUCUUUGUAAGAUCUUCCUGGAUGAAAGUGCUCCUGACAACGUGUUGGAGGUCACAGCCCGUGCCAUCACUUACUACCUGGAUGUGUCAGCUGAGUGCACCAGGAGGAUUGUGGGAGUGGAUGGAGCCAUCAAGGCCCUGUGUAACCGGUUGGUGGUUGUAGAACUCAACAACAGAACCAGCCGCGACCUGGCAGAACAGUGUGUGAAGGUGUUGGAGCUGAUAUGCACCAGGGAGUCUGGUGCUGUGUUUGAGGCCGGUGGUCUGAACUGUGUUCUGAGUUUCAUCCGGGACAGCGGUCACCUGGUCCAUAAAGACACGCUCCACUCAGCCAUGGCCGUGGUCUCCCGUCUCUGCAGCAAGAUGGAGCCUCAGGACUCUUCUCUGGAGACAUGUGUGGAGUCUCUCUCUAGCCUCCUGAAACAUGAAGACCACCAGGUUUCAGAUGGUGCUCUGCGCUGCUUCGCCUCAUUGGCCGACCGAUUCACCCGCCGUGGUGUGGACCCUGCCCCCUUGGCCAAACACGGCCUGACGGAGGAGCUGUUGUCCCGCAUGGCAGCUGCCGGUGGCACGGUCACAGGCUCCUCCUCCUCUUGUAAGCCCGGCCGCACCUCCACGGGUGCUGCACCCUCAGCGGCCGACUCCAAACUCUCUAACCAGGUGUCAACGAUCGUCAGCCUGCUGUCCACGCUCUGCAGGGGGUCCCCGCUGGUCACGCAUGAUCUGCUUCGCUCUGCCCUGCCUGACUCAAUGGAGUCUGCCCUGGGGGGAGAUGAGCGCUGUGUCCUGGACACCAUGCGGCUUGUGGACUUGCUUCUGGUUCUGUUGUUUGAAGGCCGUAAGGCUCUGCCCAAGUCCACAGCCGGUUCCACAGGCCGGAUCCCUGGCCUCAGACGCCUGGACAGUUCCGGAGAGAGAUCCCACCGACAGCUCAUCGACUGUAUUCGCAGCAAAGACACUGAUGCACUGAUAGAUGCCAUAGACACAGGAGCUUUUGAAGUGAAUUUCAUGGAUGAUGUUGGACAGACGCUGCUUAACUGGGCUUCUGCUUUUGGCACACAGGAAAUGGUGGAGUUUCUGUGUGAGAGAGGGGCGGAUGUUAACCGAGGUCAAAGGUCAUCCUCUCUUCACUACGCUGCUUGCUUUGGACGCCCACAAGUAGCCAAGACUUUGUUGCGUCAUGGAGCCAACCCUGACCUGAGGGACGAGGACGGAAAGACUCCCCUAGACAAGGCCAGGGAAAGAGGGCACAGUGAGGUGGUGGCCAUCCUUCAGUCUCCUGGAGACUGGAUGUGUCCUGUGAAUAAGGGGGAUGAUAAGAAGAAAAAGGAUGUGAAGGAGGAAGAGGAGGGUAGUGAGCCUAAAGGAGACCCAGAGAUGGCCCCCAUCUACUUGAAGAGACUGCUGCCUGUUUUUGCACAAACUUUCCAGCAAACCAUGCUGCCUUCUAUCAGGAAAGCCAGUCUAGCUCUCAUCCGGAAGAUGGUUCACUACAGCAGUGAACUGCUGCUCAAGGAAGUGUGUGAUGCUGAGACCGCACACAACCUGCCCACCGUUCUGGUUGAGAUCACUGCUACUGUACUGGACCAGGAGGAUGACGAUGAUGGCCACCUAUUGGCACUGCAGAUCAUCAGGGACUUGGUGGAUAAAGGUGGGGAUGUCUUUCUGGACCAGUUGGCCAGACUGGGAGUCAUCAACAAAGUUUCCACACUGGCUGGUCCUGCCUCUGAUGACGAGCACGAUGAUGAAGCCAAGCCAGAAAAGGAGGAGGAGGUGCAGGAGGAUGCAAGAGAGAUCCAGCAAGGGAAGCCAUACCACUGGAGAGACUGGUCCAUUAUCCGGGGGAGGGACUGUCUGUACAUCUGGUCUGAUGCUGCCGCUCUGGAACUGUCCAAUGGAUCCAACGGAUGGUUUCGCUUUAUCCUGGAUGGAAAGCUGGCCACCAUGUACUCCAGUGGCAGUCCAGAAGGAGGCUCUGACAGCUCUGAGUCUCGCAGUGAGUUUUUGGAGAAGCUUCAGAGGGCCAGGAGUCAGGUGAAGCCAGUGACCGCCAGUCAGCCCAUCCUGUCCUGCUUAGGUCCCACCAAGCUGACAGUGGGGAACUGGUCCCUGACCUGCCUGAAGGAGGGAGAGAUUGCCAUCCACAACUCAGAUGGCCAGCAGGCCACCAUCUUGAAGGAAGACCUGCCGGGGUUCGUCUUCGAGUCCAACAGAGGCACCAAGCACUCAUUCACUGCAGAGACCUCAUUGGGGUCGGAGUUUGUGACUGGUUGGACUGGGAAGAGAGGCAGGAAGCUGAAGUCUAAGCUGGAGAAGACUAAGCAGAAGGUGAAGAGCAUGGCCAGAGAACUCUAUGAUGACCACUUCAAGGCAGUGGAGAGCAUGCCCAGAGGAGUGGUGGUCACCCUGAGGAACAUCGCCACCCAGCUGGAGUCUGCCUGGGAACUCCACACACACAGACAGUGUGUUGAGGGAGAGAACACGUGGAGAGACUUAAUGAAGACAGCUCUAGAGAACCUGAUUGUGGUUCUUAAAGAUGAGAGCACCAUCUCGCCAUAUGAGAUGUGCAGCAGUGGCCUCGUCCAGGCCCUCUUCACUGUCCUCAACAAUAGUGUGGAGAUGGACCUUAAACACGAUUGUAAGCCUUUAAUGGAAAGGAUCAAUGUCUUUAAGGCGGCUUUCAGCGAGAAUGAGGACAAUGAAAGCCAACCAGCUGUGGCCUUAAUUCGUAAACUGAUAGCAGUCCUGGAGUCGAUAGAACGCCUACCUCUGCAUCUCUAUGAUACUCCUGGAUCCACAUACAAUCUGCAGAUUCUGACGAGGCGGCUGCGGUUCCGUUUGGAGCGGGCCCCGGGGGAGACUGCUCUGAUUGAUCGGACGGGUCGCAUGUUGAAGAUGGAGCCUCUGGCGACAGUGGAGUCUCUGGAGCAGUAUCUACUGAAGAUGGUGGCGAAGCAGUGGUAUGACUUUGAACGCUCGUCCUUCAUCUUCGUGAGGAAGCUUAGGGAGGGGCAGACUUUCACCUUCAGACACCAGCAUGACUUUGAUGAGAAUGGCAUUGUCUACUGGGUUGGAACGAAUGCCAAGACGGCCUAUGAGUGGGUAAACCCUGCUGCCUACGGCCUGGUGGUGGUGACAUCAUCAGAGGGCCGAAACCUCCCCUACGGCCGUCUGGAGGACAUCCUGAGUCGGGAUAGCUCCGCCCUCAACUGUCACACCAACGAUGAUAAAAAUGCCUGGUUCGCUGUCGACCUUGGGCUUUGGGUUAUCCCCUCUGCCUACACCCUGAGACAUGCCAGGGGUUAUGGUCGCUCUGCGCUAAGGAACUGGGUCUUCCAGGUGUCUAAAGAUGGUCAGAGCUGGACCACUCUCUACACACAUGUAGAUGACUGCAGCCUCAAUGAACCAGGCUCCACGGCUACCUGGCCACUGGAUCCGUCCAAAGAGGAGAAACAGGGCUGGCGACACAUCCGGAUCAAACAGAUGGGAAAGAACGCCAGCGGUCAGACCCACUACCUUUCCCUGUCUGGUCUGGAGAUCUAUGGUACCGUCACCGGAGUCUGUGAAGACCAGCUUGGUAAAGCUGUGAAGGAGGCAGAGGCGAACCUUCGCCGUCAGAGGCGUUUGUUUCGUACCCAGAUGAUGAAGUACAUCGUCCCCGGGGCCCGGGUGGUGCGCGGGAUUGACUGGAAGUGGCGUGACCAGGAUGGAAACCCUGCAGGGGAGGGCACCAUCACCGGGGAGGCCCACAAUGGCUGGAUUGAUGUAACCUGGGAUUCCGGUGCCUCUAACUCUUACCGUAUGGGCGCUGAAGGGAAGUUUGACAUCAAGCUUGCUCCAGGGUACGACCCUGAGUCCGCUGCCACACCCAAACCUGUCUCAUCCACUGUUUCAGGCCCCGCCCCCUCCACGGUGGGACCACCCCCGACUCCGGCACCCAGUGGGACCACCUCCGCCUGCACCUCCUCCCAGCAGCAGCAGCAGUCGUGGAGCAGCCUGGUGAAAAAUAACUGUCCUGAUAAAGGAGGCUCCGCCUCCUUGGGUGGGGCCAGCGCCUCCAGCAGGAAGGGAAGCAGUAGCUCGGUCUGCAGCGUGGCCUCUUCCUCUGACAUCAGCCUGAGCUCCUCGGUGGGGCCUGGUGGGGGAGCUGGGGGGCUGAGGCUGGAGAGGAGGGCAGAGGGGCUCCUGCUAGACCAGGGCUCCGGGGUAGGAGGCAUCGUUGUCGGAGGAGGAACAGGAGGUGUAUCGGGUUCUGACGGGCAGCAGGAGCCAAUCGUGGUGCUGUCUUCAGCCACAGAUGGGGGGCCUGGCUCUGCCUCCAGCUCUGGCACACUGACAGCCGACACAACCGCUCCCACUGAUGACUCUAGGAACAAGGAGAUGACAGUGGCGGCUGGGGUUGCCACGGUGACAGAUCCAGCCACAGCCAUCUCCAUGGGCCUGGUGAGCGUGAGCUCACCUGACGUCAGCUCCGUGUCCGAGUCCUCCAGCAAAGACACGCCUUCUCAGAGGCCUCUCUGCCCGGCUGCUGGCGCCCGUCUGUCCGUCAGCUCCCUGCUUGCUGCUGGGGCACCCAUGAGCUCCAGCGCCAGUGUGCCAAACCUGUCAUCCCGCGAGGCCAGCCUCAUGGAAUCAUUUGUCCGCCGGGCGCCCAACAUGUCGCGCACCAACGCCACGAACAACAUGAACCUCAGCAGGAGCAGCAGUGACAACAACACCAACACUCUGGGCAGGAAUGUUAUGAGUACUGCUACUUCUCCUCUCAUGGGUGCUCAGAGCUUUCCUAACCUCACCACCACCGGCACAACCUCCACCGUUACCAUGUCAACCUCCAUAGUAACCAGCAGCAAUAACGUAGCCACGGCAACCACCGGGCUGUCGGUCGGCCAGUUGCUAAGCAACACCCUGACAACCAGCCUGACGUCCACGUCUAGUGAGAGUGACACUGGUCAGGAGGCAGAGUUCUCACUGUAUGACUUCCUGGACAGCUGUCGUGCUAAUACACUGCUGGCCGAACUGGACGAUGAGGAGGACCUGCCGGAGCCUGACGACGAUGAUGAUGAGAAUGAAGAUGACAAUCAGGAGGACCAGGAGUAUGAGGAGGUGCUGGAGGAGGAGGAGUAUGAGACCAAGGGAGGACGAAGGAGGACGUGGGACGAUGACUUUGUCCUGAAGAGACAGUUUUCUGCCCUGGUACCAGCCUUCGACCCACGGCCUGGCAGAACCAAUGUCCAACAGACUACAGACCUGGAGAUCCCACCACCUGGUACUCCUCGUUCGGAGGUGCAGGAGGAGGUUGAGUGCACCCCAUCCCCUCACCUGGCCCUCAUCCUGAAGGUGGCAGGCUUGGGUACAAGCCGGGAGGUGGAGCUUCCUCUCUCAAACUACAAGUCCACCAUCUUCUUCUACGUCCAGAGGCUCCUGCAGCUCUCCUGCAAUGGAGCCAUCAAGUCCGACAAGCUCCGACGCAUCUGGGAGCCCACCUACACGAUAAUGUACAGAGAACUGAAGGAAUCCGACAAAGAGAAAGAAAGUGGGAAGAUGGACUUCUGUGAGCAUGGUGUCGGUGGUGGGGGUCGCUCAGGGGGGCUUAGCCCAGGCUCUCUGUCAGCCAAUCAGAGUAGUGAGAUUCUAGGUGGUUCCAGGGAGCCAGCACAGGCCAAGGCGGGCUGCAGCCAGAAUGCCUGUGGUGUGGAGGAUGUGCUGCAGUUACUACGGAUACUGUAUAUCAUUGGAGGAGACCCCAACUCUAACACACGCACACUACAGGAGGAUGUGGAUGAGCUUCAGUUCAAUGCCUCCCCUGAAGAGUUCACCAGUAAGAAGGUCACCACCAAGAUCCUCCAGCAGAUCGAGGAGCCUCUGGCUCUGGCCAGUGGAGCGCUGCCUGACUGGUGUGAACAACUGACGUCCAAGUGUCCUUUCCUCAUCCCCUUUGAGACCAGACAGCUGUACUUCACCUGCACCGCCUUCGGAGCAUCCAGGGCCAUUGUGUGGCUCCAGAACCGUCGUGAGGCCACCAUGGAGCGGUCCAGACCGUCCACCACCGUCCGACGGGACGACCCCGGCGACUUCAGGGUUGGACGGCUUAAACAUGAACGGGUCAAAGUUCCACGUGGAGACGCCAUGAUGGAAUGGGCAGAGAGCGUCAUGCAGGUCCACGCAGACAGGAAGUCGGUGCUGGAGGUUGAGUUCCAGGGUGAGGAGGGGACCGGUCUGGGUCCAACCCUGGAGUUUUAUGCUCUGGUAGCAGCAGAGUUUCAGAGAACCUCCCUGGGUAUCUGGCUCUGUGACGACGACUUUCCUGAUGACGAGUCCAGACAGGUGGAUCUGGGUGGAGGACUGAAGCCUCCUGGCUAUUAUGUUCAGCGAUCUUGUGGGCUGUUUCCGGCUCCGUUCCCUCAAGACAGCGAUGAGUUGGAGCGGAUCACCAAACUCUUCCACUUCCUGGGAGUCUUUCUGGCCAAAUGCAUCCAGGACAACCGAUUGGUUGACCUGCCCAUCUCCCGCCCCUUCUUCAAGCUCCUGUGCAUGGGGGACAUCAAGUCCAACAUGAGCAAGCUGCUAUACCAAUCACGCUCUGCGCCACAGGGUCACGACCCCGAGCGGCUGCCACCAUUGCUGCUCCUCUCAGAGCUGCAGUCGGAGGCAUCCACGGAGGAGAGUCAGGAGACGUACUCAGUAGGAAGCUUUGACGAGGAUUCCAAAUCCGAGUUCAUUUUGGACCCGCCCAAACCCAAGCCACCUGCCUGGUACCAUGGAAUCCUCACUUGGGAAGACUUCCACCUCGUCAACCCACACAGAGCUGGUUUCCUGAAGGAGGUGAAGGAGCUGGCGGUGAAGAGGAGACAGAUUCUGAGUAACAAGAGUCUGUCAGAGGAUGAGAAGAAUACCAGACUACAGGACCUGAUCCUUAAGAACCCGCUGGGAUCUGGACCUCCACUGAGUAUAGAGGACUUGGGGUUAAAUUUCCAGUUCUGUCCAUCCUCCAAAGUUCACGGCUUCUCUGCUGUCGAUCUCAAACCAAAUGGAGAUGAUGAGAUGGUUACCUUGGAGAAUGCAGAAGAGUACGUGGAGUUGAUGUUUGACUUCUGUAUGCACACUGGAAUCCAGAAACAGAUGGAAGCUUUCAGAGAGGGGUUUAACAGAGUGUUUCCCCUGGAGAAACUAAGCUCAUUCAGUCAUAAAGAGGUGCAAAUGAUCCUCUGUGGCAACCAGUCACCAUCCUGGACGGCUGAGGACAUCAUCAACUACACAGAACCAAAGCUGGGAUACACACGAGACAGUUCUGGCUUCCUGAGGUUCGUCAGGGUUCUGUGUGGGAUGUCUUCAGAUGAAAGAAAAGCUUUUCUCCAAUUCACCACAGGCUGCUCAACGCUGCCCCCCGGUGGCCUGGCCAAUCUGCACCCACGGCUAACCAUCGUCAGGAAGGUGGAUGCCACAGACUCCAGCUACCCGUCAGUAAACACUUGUGUCCACUACCUGAAGCUUCCGGAGUAUUCCUCCGAGGACAUCAUGAGAGAGCGCCUCCUGGCAGCCACCAUGGAGAAGGGCUUUCAUCUCAACUGAUCCUCCCGCCACACUGAGCACGCUCAAUCCGUCUGUAUCCCAGGUCCCACCUACCUGCCAUGUGACUGACAGAGCAGCCAGCCAAUCAAACCAGCGCCUCCCCACCCUCUGUCACCACGGAGAAGGACAGCGGCCACACACACACACACACACACACUCACUCUCUCACACACACACACACACACACACACACACACCAUCCUCUCCUCCUGUCUGAGACUUGUCAACCAAAACCCUCCUCCCUGUGUUCCUCCUCUUCUCCUCUCUGCUGCUGUAAAAGUGACGGACAGCUCCGGGGCUUUAUGUCUUCGCUUCUCUCUGUCUGUCCGUCUGUCAUCUUCAUCAGCACCAUCAUCUUCCUCUACGGGCUGCCACGGGAUUUCAGUGCAACAGCUGUCUGUAGUCUCUCUCACCCCAGCUGCUGUUGUGUGUGUGUGUGUGUGCGUGUGUGUGUGUGUGUGUGUGUGGGGGGGGGGGUAGUUGACUCCUGCUCCCCCAUUUGACCUGAUCUCACAGCAACCAUGCACACGCUUGGUAGUUUGGUUUCUCUUCCCCUGCUUUUCUUCGUUUAUUUUGCUUUUGUUGUUUUUUUUUUUCUUUUCCGUGUGAGACUGUUUUGGAUUCUUCUUGACCCUGCUAUAGAGUUCAAAGGUCAGAGUGCGUUGUUCUUUUACAGUGAAGCUAACGAGAUAGAAAACACUGGUUGUGUGCAACGCACAUUUCAAGAAAAAAAGCAAGCUCUGCUUUUCCUUGUAUUUUCUUUGUAUUAUAAACAUUUAUUUAACUCAAGUUGCAGUUUGAGGUAAACAGAUAUUUUCAAAUGUGUAUGCUCCAAAAAUCUCAUUAAAAUGUUUGCAAAGUA